ACAAAUCCAGGAAUAGUACCAACACAUGCUUUUAACCCAAGAACCUAUUUCUUUGACAAUCCUCGCAGAUAUGACAGUGAUGAUGAUUUGGCAUGGAGCAUAUCACCACAUAGCAUAUAUGGCAGCUUCUCUCCAGAAACCUAUGACUGGGGAUAUCUAAAUAACAGCUUAAUGGUUCAAGUUGGAUCCCUGCAACAUGAUUUCACAUCAGAGUCUCCACGACGAAGCCCAAUAUAACAACAGACCAAUGAUACUCCCUCCACAUUAUUCAAUUUUAGUAAAAAGGGUUAUUUUGCAAGGACUUACAUACUUAAAUUAUGUAAAAAGAACUGAGUCACCUUUUAUAAUGUUAAAAAUAUUUGAGUUUUAAAUAUUUGAGUUGCUGAAAAAAAAUCUGUUUCCUAUAUUUGCAAUUUAGAAAAAUAGUUUGAAAAACUCUAAAUUUUGGGGAGGAAAAGUCAAAUAUUUAAAAUGUGAAUAUGUAUAGACGUGGUGUUUAAAAUGUUAAUUUAAUUGUACAAUAUAAUGCCCAGUGAAACCUAUGCUGAUAGGAGUUUUUGACCUGUUUAACAUGCAAAUUUGUUUAACAUGCAAAUUUAAUUAUUUAAAAUGUAUUAUUAGUUUUAGUAAAUUGGUCGUUAAAAUAAUUUUGUAUACCUUUACUGAUACAUAAGUGAGGGUGACAGACAGAGUGGAAGAACUGUUUUCUCUCACUAAGACUGUCUAUUUUUUAUUUCAACUUCCUGUCCGCUUUGAUUAUAUAGGAAGCUACUAAAUUUAAAAAACAGAGAAGAAUUUGUCCUGAGGUACAGUUUACAGUUGUGUUAGCUUCAGCAGUCCAUAUAAUAAAUUGGAGUUUACAGU